AUGGCAGAAGCGUGCCUCUACGCAGCCCUCGCCGUCAAGUCGAUCCUCGUGAGCUCGUCGCUUUGCGGGUCGGCCACGACGCCAUGCCUUGUGUCGCCCACGUGCACCCUCCUCGGAAGCGCACCGCCGACGCAAGCGACCAACGGCGUCUUCUACUCGGCCGACGCUGUCGGCGACAUGGCUGGUUUCAAUGGCAACUCGUUAUUUGUCAAGUCGAACACGACCAAAUUCAUGGACAUGUCCCUCAUGGCGUUGCCAUCGAGCUUGACUAGCUUCAAAGCAACCUUGUUUGCGGACAUUCCAGACAAUUUUGAAUGGCCCAAGGGGCUCACGUGGCUGUCUCUUGACAAUGGCGUCUUGAACGACGUCCCCGCCAACCUCCCAACGGCAGUGAACCACAUUGAGUUUGGCAACGUGAACUGGUCGUCCAUGCCGGCCAUCCAGCCGAGAUGGGACUAUCUGAGCCUCUCGACCAACAAAAUUGUGAACGUCACCAACGUCGACCUCUCCAACUUUACCUUCUUCUCGGUGUACGACAACAAACUCAAGGACUUCGCCAACGUGACCUUCUCGUCCAAGCUUGUCUACCUGGGUCUCUCUGGGAACCUCCAGACCUUUACCGUGUCGAGAGCGACCUACAACGUCCUCAACGCCAUGCGCAAGUAUGUACCCGGGAAAGGCUACGUCGGCUACGAGCUCCAAGACGGCAACUUCCGCACGAAUAUCAACGCCGCCACAUGCAAGAGCAUUGGUGGCAUCGUCGAGCCCAUUUUUACGUCAAGUCUCACUUCGCAUCAAGCGUGUGUGCUGCCAGACCCGACACCCAGCCCCACCACCGUCGUGCCGACCGCAGCCCCGACAAUGGCGCCCAAUGAAACUACCUCGUCCAACACAAGUGCUGUGCUCGGUGCCGGUGUCGCCGUCGCGAUCGUUGUGCUGCUUCUGGGCGCCUACUGCCUCUGGAAGCGCCGCAAGACAUCGUCCGAUGCCUCGGCCGAUGCCUACUUCCAUCGAGCACCCAACCGCAAGUCGACUGGCGCCAGCGAGGUCACGGGAUCGAUGCCCUCUGGUGACAACGCGCGCCGGCACUUUGACGUCGACCUCACGAGUCUUCGCAUGCUGCGCCUUGAAAUGACCGACUUGAUUGUCAACAGCAGCGCGCCAAUCGCCGCCGGGGCGCACGGCGAAGUCUGGUAUGGCACGUACGCUGGUCAGCCCGUCGCCAUCAAGCGCACCAAAGACAAGUCGUCCAAAGCCAUGGCGAAAAUGUCGUCCGAGAUUCUCCUCCUCGCCAGAAUCCAGUGUCCGUACGUUGUGGCACUUGUCGGUGCCAACUGGAGUCGGCCCUCGGACCUCGAAUGCGUCGUUGAGUACAUGAACCUCGGCGACCUCCGCGCGUUUCUCGCAGCAACACCCGCCAGCAGCUUCCCGUGGACGCACAAGCAAGCGAGCAUCUUGCACGUGGUCUAUGGCCUUAUUUACCUCCACACGUUCGAGACGCCCAUCAUCCACCGCGAUCUCAAGUCCCGAAACGUGCUCUUGGAUACUAUCAAAGGCACCAAGCUCACCGACUUUGGCGAGUCGCGCGAAAUGGACGAGAACACGCUCACGAACGGCAUUGGCACGUACCAGUGGAUGGCGCCCGAGAUCUUCUCGGGCCACGACUACUCGACGGCGGCGGAUGUCUACUCGUUUGGGGUGCUGCUGUCCGAGUACUCGACGCACCGCGUGCCGUACAUGGAUGCGAUCAACCCACCCACGAACCGCCCAAUGAACCAGCAGUUUGUGAUGGCCCAAGUCAUGGCAGGCCAGAUUCGCCCGACGUUUGACACGACGACGACGCCGCCGUGGGUCCUCGACCUCGCCAACCAGUGCUUGGCAUUUGACCCGGCCGACCGUCCGUCCAUGCUGCAGAUUGAAAACAUGAUUCCCAAGACACUCGCACUCUAGUAGAUAGUCCGCAUCCCAACGUUCGCGAACAAACUAGAGACAACUGUGCGUAGUAGUACAUUGGAAACGCGCGAUAUCGCCAACUUGAAGAGCACGAA